AUGGCUGCAGUUCAGGCUAAAAAGUAAGUUAAUUAAUUAUAUUGUAGUAGACAUUUAUUGUUUUUGAUUUCUUAAAUUGUGGGAUUUUGUUAUUUUUAGUUGUUGUUUGUUUUGUAAAGCCAUGUUUUGCCCAACUUAAUGGUUUGUUAUUGAUAUAAAGUCAAGAAUAUAUCGUUUUUUUAUAAAAAAUAUUGUUUUAGACGAAAAACGAGCACAUUAGAGGUAAUGUGUCGUAUUAAGCCGUUUAAUGGCCAACAUCCUUCAGUUACGAUUGUUGAUGAGGAAAAAGUAAAGCUGGUUCCACCUCCAGAUGCUCCAUUGGGACGGCAUGGUGAAGUCAGGGUAUGUUUUUGAUACUCGUUUGUGGUUUUAGGUAUCUUUGAAGAAAGGCUGUUUAAACUUUGAUAUAAUGUUAUACAUUUUGUAAAAACGGUUUUACAAAAAAAGGAUGUAUGUUAUAAUAAAGCUAUUUUUUUAGUCAGAAAGUUUGUACAAGUUCAACCAUGUUUUUGAACCGUUCGAAUCUCAAAGAGCUGUUUUUGAGAAAGCUGGUUUGGAUUUGGUCGAAAAUCUGGUAAAUGGUCAGAACUCGCUUUUGUUCACAUAUGGAGUUACUGGUAGUGGAAAGACCUUCACCAUGGCUGGAAGUGGAGUAGGUGACAAUUGUGGUAUUAUUCCAAGAUCAGUAGAUGUUCUCUUUAAUUCGAUCAAGAACCAAGCUGAUAAGUGUGUUUUUGCUCCAAACGGAAGAAACGGCUUCUAUGUGAGAAGUCCUGAUGAGGCAUUCUUAGCUAGAGAAGCGUAUUGUCUAGAAUAUUCGAUAUCUGAAAGGAUUAUGGAGUCGAAAAAGGUAAAUUUUGUGCUUUUGUUUAGGUUUAGGUAACAAAUCUUUGUAAAGAAACAUUUUUUGUUUGGAAAAUUAAAUCUGGGUUUACUAUUUUAUUUAAAAAAUUAUUUGUUUUCUUUAUGUUUCGUUUUUAGGUCUAUGGUUUUAAAAACGAUAUGAUGUGCAGUGUCUUCGUAUCUUACGUUGAGAUUUACAAUGAUCAAUGUUAUGAUCUGUUGGAUAGCUCGUUGGGUGCAAACAGAUUAAACAUGACUAAAGCUAUCAGAACAGAUGCAAAUGGUAUUAAUUUUGUUGAAAAAGUAUGUGAAGUUGAAGUGACAUCAAGUGAUGAAGUUAUCGAAGAGUAUAUCAAAGGUAGGUUAAUAUAACUUUAUCUAUGCAGCUACUGUAUAAAGAAAUUAAUAAUUAUAUUUCGUCAAAGAAAUAGUAUUUAGUAAGCGUUAUCAUUGGUUUAUGAUAAUAUUUUCAGCACAAGAACGAAGAUCUGUAGCUAAAACGAUGUUGAACGAGACCAGUAGCAGAUCGCAUUCAGUGUUCACAAUCAAGCUGGUUCAAGCACCAAUCGAUGAACACAAUAUGGAAGUGAAACAUCCAGUUAUGGACGAGAAUAUGAUUGUUGUGUCACAAUUGGCAUUGGUCGAUUUGGCUGGUGCUGAGCGGACAAAAAGAACAGAGAAUCAAGGUCAACGACUGGUAGAAACUGGCAAAAUUAACCAAAGUUUAUUGGUGUUGAGGAGAUGCUUCGAACAGUUGAGGUAGGCCCAGGGUAAAAAAGGUAUUGAGAGGGGUGAUAAUUUUAUUUUGGACAUUGUUAUUGGUAUGAUAUUGAUUUUGAAGAGUAGUUAUGUUGUUGUAGGUAAUGUUGAUAUGAGAUAUGAAGCUUUUUAGAAGCUUUUUGUUAAUGUAGAGUAAUGUUUAAAUUUCAGAGAAAACCAAAAACGGGCAGGAAAUCCCCAGCCAGUGAAUUACCGUGAUCAGAAGCUGACCUUCUUAUUCAAGAGUUACUUCGAAGGUAAUGGUAAAAUCCGAAUGAUCGUAUGUGUCAAUCCAACUCCAACAGAUUAUGAGGAAAAUAUUGUAAGUUGCUCACCAUAAAACAGCUGCCUUAGAAAAUAAAUGUCUUUUUGUGCUUUUUAUUACCUAAAAAAUUUCAGUUUGUCAUGAGUUUUGCGGAACUUGCUCAGAACGUUGAUGUCGCUGAACAAAUGGCUGUGCCAUUGUUGUGCGACAUGGCAAAUCAACGAUACAGUCGAAGAGAAGUGAACAGAUGGUAUAUGGAGAUGGAUGAUAAGUUGGCUCAAGUCUCAUCAAGGAUGGACGUCUUCAAACGAGCUCCACCAAUCAAGUUACGAGAUAUUGACGAUGAUGAAUGUCUUGUAAAGCUGCGAGAGUUUUAUACCGAAGCUGAGAGGACGAGAGCUAGCCAAAUUGCUGUCAUUAAGACUCAUGGUAAGUAUAGGUUUAUUGUUAUAGAAAGGAGUUGAGGCAAAGUUAAGGAAAAGCUUAUUUUAUAGGUUACUUUGUGGUAAAUAUAGGGUAAUAUUUUUGUUAUUGGUUAAGUUGCUGGUUUACAGUAUUUAUUUGAAUAUUUACAGAGGCUGACUUAAAGAAAAUGAUGUUGGAGAGGCUAUGCUCAGCAGAUCUUGACAAACGGUUAUUGGAAGAACGAGAACAAGAGAUUGACGAACUCCGAGAAUGUAAUUCAGGCGUCUGUAAAGAAAGAAAUCGUCUUAAGGUAAUACCAAAUUUUAAUUAAAUUUAUGGAAAAGUUUUAAUGUUGUUUUAAAAAUUGCAUUUUUAUUACCUAACGUAAUGCUUAACAAAUAUAAAAAUUUCAGAGAGAACUAAACAAGCUACAAUUAAAACUGGGCAAAUACGAAAGUGAAGUUAAGAACCAACGACGAAGAGAUGAAGACGAACGAAGAAGACACAUGGAACAGUCAGAAGCCCUGAUGAAGCAACGAGAGACCAUGAAGACGAUUGUCGCUGGUCUUAACAUCCCACCAUCAGCUCCGUCCUCGGCCUCAUCGACCGGUCGAGUAGCACAACUAACCACAAUGUUCUCAGACCAAGAAAACAAACCUCCGACUGGUAAAACGAAACAAUUCGUACGAGGAGCUGGAGGACAAUACAAUCCAACAAGUAAUCUGGCCAAUCGAGGUCGAGGUGUAGCCAACAAUCGCUACGGCAAAGCCCAAAGAAGGUCGAGGAGUCUGGGAGGGAGGGUUUUGAAUCAUCAACCGCUUAAUAAAAUACCGACUGGCACUGUUUUCCAACCAGAUUUUCCCAACAACACUAAGCAUACGACCAAAGUAAAGCCGCAGGACUUUAAAGGAUGCACCGAUUAUGUUAUUACUAACCAAAAUGUGGACGAGGGAGGCAACUUGAUGACACAGCAUUAUAAGGUAAGUAUUUGAUUGACAAGUUAAGAUACGUUUUCGGCCAUAAAAAUGUAUCGCUGAUACUAUUGUAGCCUUGAAUGGAUAAGAAAGCUUUAAAAACAACAAGGGAUUGUUUUCUUUACUAAAUCUAGGGAUUUAAAGUUAUAAAAUAUAUUGUUUAAGGGUGACAUAGUACCAACUGCCGGCGGAGGCCACGCCGUGAUGUUUCGAGACGUGGAACGACUAACCCAAGAAAGCCCCUGA